AAAUAAACGUUUUUAAUUGUUUUAAUUUAGGCUGUUGGGGAUUUGAAAAACAAGGAAACAGAAUCUAAGAUGAAUGAGGAGCACGGUGCCCCAGCUGAUGCGACUAUUUUUGCUACAGGAGCUACAGUGGCCGCAGCAAGAGAUGCCAUGACUGCAGCUGUUGCAACUGCAACUGCAGUUUCAAAAUCCCAAGAAAAGCUAAGCAGAGAAAUCUCUGAGCUAGCUAAGGCUGUUGGUUCAAUGCUUGAACAAACUGAGGACCUAAUCCAGAAAUCACUGAACACUAACGAACAGGAUCCAGAUAAAGCCUCUGAUCUUGCAGCAAAAGUAGCUGGAGAAGCCUUGGUUCUUGGUAAGGCAUCCGCCAUCAUGGCUCAUGCUGCCAACAUGGCCGCGGAUUUGGAGAAGUCUGCUGUUUUUCCGGCACAGGUCACCAGAUACACGUCAGCUGUGGCAGUGGAAUCGGCUCGCAAGGCGUUUUCAGCCUUUUCAAUUUUAAAAGCGGCCGCUGAACUGAGAAAGUUUGUUUACACUCCGUCGAACCAAACCAAACCAGAUCCUGAGAACCGGUUUUUGGUCGAGCUUUUCGACGUCAAUGUUGAGACAAAGACGACUUCAAAGGGCGAAGCUAAUGAAUUCCAACCAUCUAUCCCUAAUCCGGUUGAGUUUGAGGAUUUUAAAUGUUCUGAAGUUUGUGAAGACAAAGAUUGCAAAUUUGUGUGCAGAACCUGCGCUAGGUCUGGAUUUCAGCAGUGCGAAUAGUUGGAAAAUUUGAGAUUUUCAAAAAAUAAAUAUAUCUUCUGAAAAUGCUAUAAAUUUCUGUAAAAGUACAAUCUAAUGCAAAAAAUUACAUUCAAAUAAAUAAAUCAUAUUUCUGUAGA